GAUACUGGUCGCAAACUGAAAUCAAAAUCUAGGGCUCUGUAAAUAUGAAAGUGGAGGACUCGACGUCUAUGGCCAGAAGUUUGAGUAACCAAUCCAUGGAGAAAAUAUCAGACAGGCUUUCAGGACUUGAUAACCUCUAUUUCCCACGCGCUCAGCAACCAUCCGCCUCCACUGCCUCCCAACGGAAAUCCCUUCUUCUGGACCUUCUCACGCGCGACGUGCCGCUUUUUUUAGAACGUUAUGGAUCACAGUUAACAUCAGAUGAUCUUAAUGAAUUUGAAGCGUUAAAAAAUGAUUAUGAAAUCAAUUGGCAUCUGAAUCGUCUGCGAAGUGUUAUUAGCCCAACACAAGAAGAUUUGAAGUCCAGGUCAGUUAAGAUUAAGAACAGACGGCGAGCAUAUCUGGACAAAUUAGUAAACGAUGGACAGUACUUUUCAGAGGACGCAAUGAGGGAACGAGAGCCAUAUUUGCACCAUGAGUAUGUUGGGAAGUUCCAAGAUCCAAGUGGGAGGAGCAUGGCAAGACCAGGGGAACGAUGGUCUGAGACUCUGAUGAGGCGGUCAGAAGAGGCAAUGCUUGUUAAAAAAAUUAGGGAUGAACAGCAGAGACGAGGUGUGGCUCAAAGUGAUUGGGUAGGAUUUGACAAUCAGGAACUUGAAAAGGUGGAGGAAGAGGAGGAAGAAGAAGAAAGCGAGGAGGAAGAAGAAGAACAAGAUGACGAGGAGCAGGAGCAAUACGAAGGUGAAAGGGACAUCUCAGCUAAUAGACAAGAGGUUCACCCAAACAACCUUGAUGCUUCUAAUGACACGCCAUCUGAAACGAGAAGACCUGCUGUGAUGGAAACUUUGUCAACGGAGGAGAUGCAAGAACGAAUGGACCAGUUCGCUUACAUCAUGCAGCAAAAGUUUUUAUUGGGAGAAGAUAGUCUGGAUUACUCAAAAAUUGACGAGGAUGAGACCUUGGAUGAUCAUUGGAUGAAAGAAGAAAAUUAUGAUGCUGAAGAAAAGUACUUUGAUGAUGAUGACUGAGCUUAAAUACUGACAUGACGUAGGGUGUGAUUUUUGUUUUUGACAUUAUACAAGUUUCUACCAUGUAUAUGUUGUUAGCCUUUUAUGCAGAUAUGCUUAGGUUUUGUGGCUGAAGGCAGUUUUUGUAAGGGUUGUCGAUGGCUAGGAUUUGGUUCUUGUAGUUGCUUCCGAGUUCUGAGCCAUCUUCUUGUGUUAACCUUACAGUUUCUUGAUUUCUGGGAGUAGCUAGUAAGUUUAUAUUACAAUUCACACGAGAGUGAAAGAGACACUGAAAUGCUAACUUAGCAGCCACACAAGAGGAGGAUAGAGAUUCUUGUCAAGAUAAGUGACAUUGUGCUCAAGUCGAAGAAUUUGGAAUUACUUUGAUAGCAAGGAAUCUAUGCCAAUUGAUAAUUAGAAAACUUAGUGAUUUGAGAAGCUUCCUUGUUUGGAUUGAUUUUAUUGGUCUCUGUACAAUAACUGACUUUAUUGGACAUAUUUGUUGUUUGGGAGUAGGGAUUGUA